AUGGAUAACAAGAACAUGUCGUUUUUGAGACCGUGGAGAAAAAAAGCGGUCAAGAUGUAUACUGGAACCAUUCUAUCUGAUGGGUUUGGGAAAAUUCUAGUAAGUAAUGAUGAGUCGUAUGGAGGAGUCAGUUGCUUUCCUAUAAUUUCAUUAGACAAUUUGAGGCAUGAUCCAUAUGGCUACACUUGGGAUGAUGGACCAUACACUGUGAUGGAAAGCAUGUUAUGGAAAGAAGAACCAGUGACAAUCAAGAGAUUGCACACAGCCCCACGUGAAGGAGGACAUGUUGAUCUACUUAUUGCUGAACUAGAAUUCAUGCUUCAGCUGCAUCAUCCAGCCAUAUUGUUUUUGAUGGGAACUUGUCGAACUGACAACCUUGAGAACUUAAUCCUGGUCUAUGAGAGAGUGCAUCUUGGCUCACUCUAUUCAUAUCUGCAUCAGAAGAUGGAGUCUAUGUCACUCUUACAAAUAUGUACACUGAUGAAACAAGUGGCCAGUGCUUUGCUGUACCUUCAUAGGAAGGGAUUCAUUCAUUGUUACGUCACCUCACACUCGCUUUUUCUCAUCAGACAUGACUUGGUUAGAGUUGGGAACUUUGAGUAUAUGAUACACAGUUGCCAUCCAGCUAGUAACUUUUCAACAAUGUCUUCAUCAGUGUCAGCCAACACAUCAACAACUAGUUACAACGUUACGAUCGGGAAUUCUCGUUUGAACACUCAGGUGACAACUAAUAAGUAUACAAAUGCAGCCUACAAUUGGAUGGCCCCAGAAGUUAUGGAUGGAAAAAUUCCAACAGAAAAGUCGGAUCUGUACAGUUUUUGCUCUGUCUUGUGGGAAAUGAUGCACGCAAAGAAAUUUUACUCAAACCCCCUUAUCCAUAUAUCGGCCUGUGCCGGAACCGAAAUUUGGCCAUUUUCCAAAUUCGGCUUAAAUCCGGCUUCUGCCAAACAUUGA